ACGGCAUUCCGCUUUACGGCAAACUCAGGCCUUCCGUCUAUAUACGGCCGAGCGGCGCUAAUCGUUAGCAUUCGUGUAUUUACUCACAGUCGGGGGACUCGAGUGCCGCCAACGGCUCACACACGAUGGGGAUCGAGGAAGAAACGGACCGGACGCUGUUCAUAAGAAACUUAGACUCCAGAGUGACGGAGGAGCUGCUGUUCGAACUCUUCCUACAGGCAGGACCGCUCAUCAAAACGAAGAUCCCGAAAGACCCGGAAGGGAGACAGAAGUCGUUCGGCUUCGCCGUCUACAAACACGAGGUGUCGGUGCCGUACGCCAUGGAGCUGCUCAACGGCACGUCGCUGUGCGGGCGAACCAUCCACGUGCAGUUCAGAUCAGGUAGCAGUCAUGGCAGCAGUCCAGGGAACUCGCAGAAUUCUAUUCCUGCGAAUACUCCCAAUCCCCACGGCCAGAGGACGCCGGUCCACUUCAGUACUCCUCCGUACACCCCGCCGCCCCAAAUGCAAAGGUCUUUUUCCUCUCCCGACAAUCUGCAGAAGCAAGUCACGAUGAACAACAUGAUGUGGCAGCUCCACAUGCAGCAGCUCGAGCAGCUGAACGGCGGCGUGUCCAAGCCUCUGCAGAGGCAGUCACCCGGCGGCGGCUCCCGGCAACACGACAGCAGCCCCUACCGGUACAACCCCUCCCACACGAACAGCGGCGGCGGCGGCCGAAACAGCCAUCGCUACGCCGACGAGUCAGGGUCCGGCCGGCACCAGCAACAACACGGCCGGGACGGCUACCACCACGACAGGAGCGGCAACCGCCACCACGACGGCCGGGGCGGCAACAGACACCACGACGACAAGGGCGUCAACCGCGGCUACCAGGACGGUAGAUGGCGACGGUACUGACGAUGCACACCGAGGAUAAAGACUUUCACAAAAAAAGUGCAGCUUCCCCCGAAGAAGAGCAUGAAUUACGUCGACAGUCACACUCAGGUUGUUUUUGUACAUCCUAACCAGUUUUGACGAUUUAAUAACUUAUGCCUUAGUCGUUUUUGUUUACUUUUUAAGGCGAUUUUAAAUUUGUAAAGUACUUUUCACGUGAGGUUUGUCCCCUCACACACAUGCCUCUUUAAAUAUUCAGAGGAGAUGAAAUGUGUUGCCAUGAGAGCAAGGGAAGAAAAAAUUCACACGUGGACAGGAGACAUGUUAAAAAAAGAAGAAAAAAAGAUUUGAGAUAUUGGCCAGUUUUUAUGUUAUGCAAAUAGUCUUUGAAUGGUGCUGCCGGAAUUUUAAACUCUUCAGGUAUUUUUCACAAAAGAAAAAAACAUAAAAGAUUCCACCAGCAUCACUUUUACCGCAGCAUCUUUGUUAUUGUCGGAUCACUUGACCUUUGCUCUUUCUAUGAAGAAAAAAAGAGGAAAAAAGAGGCUUUGUUUUAUUUUUAUUUUUUUAAAUUCCUGAGUCUGUAUACGACCCAACUGUUUUACAAAUGAACAUUUUCAUUAUUAUUAUUAUUAUUAUUAUGAUGAUAAAAGCUCCUUUUCAUUGA